AUGGCAUCUGCUUCCUAUGUGCAGACCCAUAUUAGCAAGACAGAUAUUUCUGGAACGCUUCAUAUCGGCACCCAUGAAGUCAGGGGGGACAUAGUCAGGAACAAUCAUACCAAUCAAGAGGUCGCCCCUCAUAUAGAAGUGGAUGGCGCACAGCAGGAGAAUAGGUUCAAUGUAGUGUUUAACUUGAAAGGGAACAUAUUAGCAUUGGUGGCUAUCGUGGCAAUCGUGGCUUUGGUCAUCGCUUUACUCCUCAUAUACAAGCAUGACAUCACUGGAGACUCUACUGACAACGAAUCUGGAAAUUCCACAUCUUCCACGAAUUCUCCGCUCUCUCCGGGUACCCCGAACACGCUACUCGACACGUCCGCCGCUCUAGCCUCGUCAUACCCCCUUGUACCCGCCAUCACCACCGCACUCUCAAGAACCAACGAUACAGCACCCACACCCACAAAUACGCCCUCUACAACAUCCCAGCUUUCCUGGCCAGAAGAUCGAGCCCCAUCUCUAGCAGUCCAGUCCCCCUUCUCGAUAACCCAGUGUUCCACCCCAACAACCCAAUCUGCUCCUCCAGCCUGA